AUGACAAGAGUAACAGUGGAUCUUUCAAAGAAUAGAUUUACUGAAAUUCCUCCUGAUGUGUGGCUGUUUGCACCACUGGAAACUUUAAAUUUGUAUCACAACUGCAUCAAAUCCAUUCCAGAAUCUAUUAAAAACCUGCAAAUGCUUACCUACCUUAACAUUAGUCGAAAUCUUUUAUCAACGUUGCCAAAAUACCUGUUUGAUCUUCCACUUAAAGUUCUGGUUGUCAGUAAUAAUAAGCUGGUCUCCAUUCCAGAAGAAAUUGGAAAGUUGAGAGAUCUAAUGGAGUUGGAUAUUAGCUGCAAUGAACUUCAGGUUCUUCCCCAGCAGAUAGGAAAAUUACAGUCACUUAGAGAAUUAAACAUAAGAAGAAAUAAUCUCCAUAUGUUGCCAGAUGAAUUAGGAGAGCUUCCCUUGGUAAAGCUGGAUUUUUCUUGUAAUAAAAUUACAGAAAUUCCACUUUGUUACAGAAAGUUACGUCACUUACAAGUUAUAGUUUUGGAUAACAAUCCAAUGCAGAUACCACCAGCACAGAUAUGUUUGAAGGGUAAAGUACAUAUAUUUAAAUUCCUCAGCAUUCAGGCGUGCCUCAGAAUAGAUAAAAAACCAGAUUCUUUGGAUCUUCCGUCAUUAGGUAAACGAAUCCCCUCCCAGCCACUCACAGACAGCAUGGAGGACUUUUAUCCCAAUAAAAAUCAUGGACCAGACUCUGGCAUCGGGAGUGAUAAUGGGGAUAAAAGGUUGUCCACAACGGAACCAUCUGAUGAUGAUACAAUCAGCCUUCACUCCCAGGUAUCAGAAUCAACAAGGGAACAGACAUUAAGGAAUGACAAUCAUGUAAUGGGAAGUAAACUCGAUCCACAGAAAGACCAGGAGGUGUAUGAUUACAUUGAUCCGAAUGCAGAAGAGGGAGCUGUUCCUGAGCAAGGAGAUGUACAGAUUGGACCAUUGCUGUCUUAUAUCAAGGAACGGGGAAAACAUCCUGAGAAAUCCCAGAAAACAGAACAGAAUGAGGACUGGGCAGAUGAAAAAAGACUUCAGAAAGAACAACUGCUGGCUGAGGAUGAUGAUGAACUCAAAGAAGUGACUGACUUAAGAAAAAUAGCAGCUCAGUUACUGCAGCAAGAACAAAAACACAGACGAAGGCCAUUAAGCUAUAGAACUUCAUUCAGUGAAAAACUCUUCCAGAGGACAAGGGCGGCAGGACGUGCAUCAAGGCUUCUUAAUCAUUCCGUUUCAGUAAGCACGAGGAACAGGCCAAAGCAGCCAAUGGAAUCUGAAAAAUGUGUCUCAGCAGAUGAAGUGAAUUCCCCAGUGUCCCCAUACAGCUGGCAGCCACUGGAAAACCAGAAGGAUUCAAUGGAUGAGCAGCACUGGCCAGAAACACAGCCAGUGAUUUGGCAGAAUGAAGAAAGAAGGAGAAGUAAACAAAUUAGGAAAGAGUAUUUCAAGUAUAAGUCUUCUAGAAAGAGUUCAAGUGGAAAUGAAAAUGAUGAGCAAGACAGUGAUAAUACUAAUGUGUCUCCACAGUCUCCUGUGUCGUCUGAGGAUUAUGAAAGGACUGAUAGUAACACUCAUGGUCCAUUUGGUCUCAAACCAAGGUCAGCUUUCAGCCGUGCAUCUCGCCAGGACUAUGGUGCAGUGGAUCCUGGAUUUACAAUGAGGAGGAAAAUGGAGCAUUUAAGGGAAGAAAGGGAACAAAUAAGACAGCUUCGCAAUAAUCUUGAAUCAAGGUUGAAAGUAAUUUUGCCAGACGACAUUGGAGCAGCAUUGAUGGAUGGAGUAGUUCUUUGCCAUUUAGCCAAUCACAUAAGGCCACGUUCUGUUGCCAGCAUUCACGUACCAUCACCAGCAGUGCCUAAACUCAGUAUGGCAAAGUGCCGAAGAAAUGUUGAAAACUUUCUCGAUGCUUGUAAAAAAUUGGGCGUUCCACAGGAGAGACUUUGCUUGCCUCAUCACAUUCUGGAGGAAAGGGGUCUGGUGAAGGUUGGCCUCACAGUUCAAGCUCUGCUUGAAUUGCCAACAUUGAAAGUAUCUCAGCUUUCCUCCAUGUGACAUGACUUCUUGGAAGCUAGACAACUUACCAUUCAAUCUGUUGAUUUGGAUUGCUCUGAGGCAGUUCAGCUUCCUACAUGGGAACAUCCAAGCCAUCAAACUAGUAUCUGUCCAGAUGCUGUAGAGAGCCUUACUUGGAGUUGUACGUGAAAACCUUGGAGUCAGCUGACAGUUAAAAGAACAUAAUUAUUAUUUGUUUCUUUUGCAAUUGGAUGCACAAAGAGAUUGUGGUAGCAUCAGGUUCUCUUUCCAGUUAAUUUAAGUUAAAAGCUGCCAUUUAACAUCUCACAGUAUUACAGUUAAAUGCUGGAUUUCUUUUCCUACAUUGAAAAUAUUGUUCGAAUUAUUUUAGAAGUACAAAGCACGCCCCCCUUCCCUCCCCCUUUAGUCUUUCAAGUCAAUAAUUUGGUUUAAAGGUAAGACAAAAAUGUAGCGAUGGUAUGAUGGUAAAAAUGCGAGCGACUGAUCACUUGUGAUCCACUUUCACUCUCUCAGAAAGCUUAAUAUUUGCGUUCUUUAUUUUUUGCACUCCUGAUUGUAACUUACACACUUCUAACAUUGCCAGUAUUUAGGCUGAGUGUAUGGUGAUUACACAAAACAGUGUACAAUGGGAAAAGGACAUAUUUUAUUGAGUUUUUUCCAGUCUUCUAGGUUGGUGCCAAAUAUUUUUUUCAGUUGUACUGUAGAUUGUUUACAUGUGAAGUGCCUGUGUAAUUGAUAACUCUUAAUAGUCUUAAACAUUUUUGAAAUUUCCUUGUUUAAAAUAGAUAAAAUGGAAAUUUUUAAAUAUUUUAAUAGUUUUUUGUAAAAUCAGUAUGUGAAGAUUUAAGUAAUACUUCACAUUUUUGAUGUUGGGUGUUUAAGUUUGUUGCACAAUUUAAUUGGUUAUUUUGUUGUCUAAUAAUUAGAAAAUACUGUAAAUACUUUUUAUUUAUGAUAUUUAAUUUGAUAAUACCUAAUCACUUUUGGUUUAAUGUAUUGUUGGACAAAAAAAGUUGUCUACCUUUUGUUUGGGACAAACAAAUAUACAUGGUGAGUAAGACAUGAGAACUAGUGAUGCAUACAGAGUAAUUUAGGACAUUUUGAUAAAACUGCCAAAAUCUCAGGUUUAUGCUGUGACUUUCAGGAUUUUGUGUAAUAUUGCUCCUGAUCUCACAUUACAUUUUUACAACAGGUAUAUCCAUAAUUUAGUUGAGAAAUAUCAGUGUUAUCUUUUUAGUGUUUACGGGAUUUAUUGUGUAAUUUACACAAGUGUGGCAUAGCACACAAAUCAGUUUGUACAAAUGGCACUGUGCUGAGACAUUAGACUUUUCUGGAUAAAUGUGAAAAAGAAAAAUUUCCACUGUGGUGGUUUUUUGAAACUUCUGAGUUUAUGUAUUUGUUUGCUUCUGCACAAAUUCUCCUUGUUUUGAGAACAUUCUGAAACUGAAACCAUACACAGUUGAGUUCUUCUCCAAACAACUUGCAAAUAAUUUCAUAAUUUUAGUAAUAAAUCUGUUUGCAUUAGUUUGUUCUUCAUGAAUAGGUAGCUCAAUUAAAAAAAAGUUCUGACUGUCACAGAUUUUCUAUUUCAGGCUAAGUUAAUUUUGAUUGAGGGAUAUGUUUGCCAAGUGUGUAACAAGAUUUGUUUCUGUUCUUUCCAAUUGAUCAAGACCGCAUGUAAUAUAAUUCGUAAAAGAAUGAGGGAAGGGUAUCAUUUACUCCUUAC